AUGAUAUUAUCGACUUUGGUGUUGCUGUUGUUGGCAGAGCCAUCUUGGCAAAGCCCCUUGAAGACGCAGAAUAAAGAAGAGCGCGGGUUGAGGCCGCUUAGUUUUACCAGGAAUGGGACCUUUCAGAUAUCCAUCUUUGAGGAUCUUCACUUUGGGGAGAAUGCUUGGGAUACGUGGGGACCUCAGCAGGAUAUCAACUCAGUUGUGGUGAUCAAUAAGAUCCUCGAUCGCGAGUCUCCCGAUCUUGUCGUCUUGAAUGGCGAUCUCAUCACUGGAGAGAACACCUUUCUCGAGAAUAGCACGGUAUAUGUCGACCAGAUUGUCCAGCCUCUGGUUCAACGGGGCCUGACUUGGGCAUCGACAUAUGGCAACCAUGACCACAACUUCAACAUAUCUGGCGAGGGCAUCUUAGCGCGAGAGCAUCUUUGGCCGAAUGCCCGCACUACCAGGAUGGUUGAUGAACCAAAUGCUGGUAUUACCAAUUACUAUCUGCCGGUAUACGCUGCGGGAUGCAACGAGUUGAACUGCGCUCCCGAACUCUUGCUCUGGUUCUUUGAUAGCCGCGGUGGCGUCUACUUUCGAGAACUCGACUCAAACGGAAACCAGGUUGGCCAGCCGGACUGGGUUGAUACCAGUGUCGUGGACUGGUUUCAGCAAACUAACCAACAAUUCAUGUCAAAGUAUAGACGGGUCAUUCCAUCGCUGGCCUUUGUGCAUAUUCCCACAUACGCCUCACAAGCUCUGCAGGUAGAGAAUGGGCAAAAUAGUGUGAACCCACAUUUCCAGCCGGGCGUCAAUGACGAUUACCCAGUUGCUACUCAAGCACAGGGAUGGUGCCCUGAUGGGAGUGACGAUGGAACGUGCGAGUAUGGCGGACAAGAUGUCCCAUUUAUGCAGGCCAUCACGUCUACGCCGGGCUUGAUGGCUGUGUUCUCAGGCCAUGAUCACGGCGCCACUUGGUGCUACAAAUGGGAAAGUCUAGUUCCAGGGAUGACGGUUGAGGGUACAGGAGUCAACCUCUGCUUCGGACAGCAUUCCGGAUACGGAGGUUAUGGCAACUGGAUUCGCGGGUCACGACAGGUCCAAGUUGACUUGAGGACUCUUCGCAGUGCCACUUGGGAGGCAGAGACGUGGAUCAGGCUAGAAAGCGGCGAUGUCGUGGGCUCGGUGUCACUGAACGCGACUUAUGGCAGUGACUGGUAUCCUGCCACUCCAGACAACAUGACAUACUGUCCGACUUGCAAUUACUCCAUCAUUACUCCGGGGCCAGGAUCAGGGGCCCUCCAGAAGAAGGUCGUUGAGAAGAAGAAGCUCCACAUACGCCGCCAGCUUUGA